CCUGCCUGGCUGUGUCUAGUCGCUCACAACGCGUCACCUUGACUUCGGACGAUUAAGAGUGAGACGCGGCUGAGGUGAAAAGGAAAACGUGACCAAAUGUUGCAGAAAUUUCUUAAUUCGGGAAUUGUACCCUGAGUGAACUCAGACCUUUGUUUUUCAAGAAUACCGAGAAAUUGUCUCCGCUUCGUAGCCAUGGAGCCUCGUUCCAGCAACAGUCAACGUCCCGGGAGCUCUCCGCAGCCGAAGGUUGAACGAGCAGAAACAGAAGCCGGCCCUGCUUCCUGGACUUCUCAGACCGAGGCAGGAAGUUUCAAUGCUAAUUCCACCAUCACUGCCAGGGCAACAGAAUUCGAACACACCAACGACAGCAUUUCCAGAACAGCCACAGAAGCGCUCGAUUCCCCAUGCGAGGAGCCACAAAGCCGCGAUCCCGCCUCUUCUGCAACAGACAACCUAUCUGGCCGCGGUGAAAAGAUGAGGGACGUGGUCGACGACCUGUGGCAACUGGCCGCAAGGUUCAACGAGACCGUUGACUAUACAAAGCACAACUGGGCUGGAGAUGGGAUCGUUGGUCUCGAUGGUGGUCACUUGGACGACAUCUCAUACCUGAUGUCAGAUGCAGAAGGAAUUCCUCAUCAUCCUUUUUUCUCCCUUUAUGAUCAUUGGAACACCCAUGUUGCGCCGCUGUUGAGAGUCACGAGCGGCCACAUAACCGAGGACGACAACGUGGAAGCCCUGGAUUUGGUCACAGAACCCAUGAGCACAGUCUUAGAAGGCGACCCUCAUCGCAAACAACCGGUCGCUUUGAUCGACAACGACCCUCGCACGGAGACUCAUGGGCUCUGCGUUGAGCUGAUGAAGCUUCAAGAACGGAUUCAGGCAAGACUCGCGACGAAUGGCGACCAUUGUCCCAUCUCCGGGACAACAACAUCACUGCCCAAUGACAACGAGAACCCCCUGUUGUGGUUUAUCCAUGAGCUUUACCAGCUGAGAGAAAAGGGAAAGCAGAUGACGAUGGUGCUGGAUGCCGACACAGAAUGGCAACAAUUGGCUCGGACUUUGACGACAAAGCCAAACCAGAUACUUUGGGUUCUGCAUGCCUUCCUGUCUGCUUAUCAAGCACAAACCGAAAAAGACAAGAAGACGCUAGAGGGGCGGAUAACGGAUCUCGAAACACGAUCGACCAUCUCGACUAGGAGACACGAGGCCAUCGUGGCUGCCCACAAGGACGCGAAGUCCAUGUUUGACGAUCCCACCACGAGGCCUCUUCGAUCUCAUAUCGAGGAACUACGGGAGGUAUUGAGAAACCAGAGACUUGAGACCACGAAGGCUAAGGAAGAGGGCGCCUAUUGGAAGAGGAAGUGUGAGGCGAUCAGUGAAGCAGAGUCCGCUGCGGGCCUUGAUGACUAGGUCAUCGUCUUUGCCUCAAUUUGAGCAAGUCACGAAGGUAUCAUAGGCUAGAACAAGAAGAUUGUCACUCUGCGAGGCAGGUCUGAAAGAAAGGGGGCGUGGUCUCGACAGGUGACAGAUGGUCAAGGACGAGGGACUAGACGCGCUAGGGACGGUAUUAUUGUGUGCUUUAAUCAACAUGGUCACAGUAGUUCAUUACUAGUCUGCACUGGCUUCGGAUGAUGUGUCCAAGCACCAAAUGUGACGG